GAAGACGAAUGGAAAGACUUUGAGCAGAAAGAAGUGGAUUACAGCGGUCUCGAGUUCAGGCAAUGCAGAUAAGUGAAAAAGAAGGUGAUAAUGAAAAAAGAGAAGAUCCAGGUGAUAAUUGGGAAGAAGGAGGCGGUGGCGGUACUAGUGGAGAAAAAUCUUCAGGUCCUUGGAAUAAAACAGCUUCUGUACAAGCACCUCCUACUCCAGUAAUAGUUACAGAAACUCCAGAAUCAGCGAUGACUAGUGGUGUGUAUAGUCCACCUGGGGCCGGGUUAACCACAACAAGAAAAACGCCACAAGGCCCACCAGAAAUUAAUAGCGAUACACAAUUCCCAUCCCUGCAGUCCACUGCCAAACGUGUAGAAAGCCGGAAAUACUGAGCCUUCGUAAGGGUUGACUACCUCAGAUUUGCU